UUGCUGUAAUUAUUAGUAUGGAGAUGGUUGGCCCUUCAAAAAGAAAAAUGGCGGCCGCGUUCACCGGUAUAUUCUUUGCUCUGGGUCAGGUACUACUUGGAGGAUUAGCAUAUUUUGUGCGUGAUUAUCAACUUUUGCAUGCCUAUGUCACAAUUCCAGCAAUAUUUUUUCUUUCUUAUUGGUGGAUAGUUCCUGAAAGCGCACGUUGGCUCAUUUCCCAAGAGCGGUACGAAGAGGCUGAUAAGGUUCUACGCACAGCUGCCCGUAUAAAUGGUAGGCAAUUACCUGAACGUUGGUGGCAGGAUAUUGAUGAUUACUCAAAAGAAAGCAAACCAGCUAGAAAACACAAUUAUCUUGAUUUGGUUCGUACUCCGAGAAUACGAACAAUUUCUUUAGCUACAUUCUUCUGUUGGCCAGUUGUCUCAAUGGUUUACUAUGGAAUGUCAAUGAAGACUGAUUUUCUUGGAGGUGACAUGUAUACAACAUUCAUAUUUGGUGGUCUCGUUGAAAUUCCUGCGCUUAUAUUGAUGUUUAGCAUUGUAGAUCGUGUAGGUCGAAAGCCAAUUAUUUGUUGUGGAUAUUCUAUUGCUGCAAUUUGCAUGAUUUCUAACCUUUGGCUGAAUGUCGAAACAGCCCAUGUUUCUAUUACAAUCGCCCAAUUUCUCAUUGGAAAAGCAGCGAUUACAUCUACGUAUGCAACACUUUAUACAAUCACGCCUGAGCUUUUCCCUACAGUGAUUAGGAAUAUGGCUACCGGGGUUUGUUCAUUGAUUGCUCGUAUUGGGGCAAUUACUGCUUCUUUUAUGAUGAUGUGGCUUGUUCAAAAAUUUGAUAAAACUAUUGUUGUUUACCCUUUCGCAACUCUUGCUUUUGCCGCUGCCUUUGUUGUUUUUUUCUUUCUUCAUGAAACUUCCGGCUUACAAUUUCUUGAGACGAUUGAAGAAGCAGAACGAACAACACAUCUUGUUGAAAUGCAACCACUUGCUCAAAACAAUAUUAUUGACGAUGAAAAGAAAAAUACAGGUGAAGACGGAAAUGAUUCGUAACAAUCUGG